CAAUAUGCCUGUUCCGUUUUUUAUUUGUCUGUACCCUUCCUCUCUCUAACCUGCAACACUUCUUCAUUUUCAUUCAAGUGGUGAUCGAGGUUGUGGUAGAUGAUGAGCACCAUGGAAGCCAGUAAUACGUACGUCUGCGACAACGAAAUUCGUAGGACAUGGGAGAAAAUUUUCGGGCACAGUCCUGGUGAAACCUCCACGCCAGCUGCGACAGAAGGCGGUGAACAUACGACGGAGGGAGACAUGCAAGGCCAUGAACACACGAAGGCGUCUGCGACGGAAGGAGUUGAACACACUCCCGCUGCCACGCUAGGCGAUGAACGCACGACGGAUGGGAAAGCAGUUGACGCUGAGCUAGAUGCAGAUGAACAUAAUAACAGAGAGGAAGAUAUUAAUGUGGUUGUUCCGGAAGUAAGCAUGAUAUUUGAUACAACAGACGCGGUGUUUGAGUUUUACAAAACAUAUGGAAGAAGUUUAGGAUUUCCGGUAAGAAAAGAACAUCAACAAAGGAUAGAAAGAAGGGCGAGGUAGUGUCAAUUGUGAUAGAGUGUUCACGGGCGGGAAGAAGAGGUAGCAAGGCAUUCAACUGUUUGAAGCCUCAACUUUCAAUGCAAACAUGUUGUUCGGCUAGAAUUAGAG